AUGCGACUGAUAUUAAACAUACUGGCUCUAUUAGUGGGAAUCGCUUCUGGCCACAAAGCAUUCAAUGCCACUAUAUUCACAUUGGACCAGAGCUUCUAUCCUCAGGAUUGGUCCCUGGUUCUAUCUGACGAUGUAGUACAACGACUGUUAGAACUACGAAUGGGUCUUUCGUCUACUUCAGCUCUGAAGGAGUCUGAUGAAGACACUGUUGAGUUGUUGAACAAAUUUGGAGGAUUGCCAACCCCGUUAUUUAGCUCCGAUACCGACAAAAGUGGUUUCCGUCGAAAUCUUCUCAUUCUAGAAGGGUUAGAGGCUGGAGUUGUCUCCUUUAUUCAACAGGAACUCCACCAGAAUUUACACGGCCGCGUCCCUUCCGAUUUCUUGUCUCCUCUCUUCAUGCCCGCCAUAAACGAGGCAGAAUCGGACAAUAGGUCCUCAAUGCGACCAAGACACUGCGCUUUCCGUGCUGAUAGGCAAACGCCCCCUGUUUCGGAACAGACCCUCCAACAAUGUGUUCCCGAGGGCUCUGUAUUUGAACAGCUUCCCCGUCUCUUUAACAGAGGAUUUCUUGAUCAAGCUAGCAUGACAGAGUCAUGGACAGACGCACAUAUAUCAUCCGCGGCUUUAAGAAUUUCGUUCAAGGUGCCCCUUAGCCCUGUGCCCUUGCUUUGA